AUGGGCGUGUUGCCGAAGAAAGCGCUUCCGGUUGCUGCCAAGACGGAGUCGGGUGCAGCGGCUAAGGCAGCAGAAGCCUCGACGGGAGGGAAGGCAGUUGUGGGUGUGGAUGGGAAGAGUGAGGGUGAAGUGAAGGAUGGAAAGGCUGCUGGACCGAAGGCUGGUCCUGCGUUGUUACCCAAAAAGUCGAUGGGCGUGUUGCCGAAGAAAGCGCUUCCGGUUGCUGCCAAGACGGAGUCGGGUGCAGCGGCUAAGGCAGCAGAAGCCUCGUCGGGAGGGAAGGCAGUUGUGGGUGUGGAUGGGAAGAGUGAUGGUGAUGCGAAGGAUGGAAAGGCUGCUGGACCGAAGGCUGGUCCUGCGUUGCUACUGAAGAAAGCUGCAAAUGUGCUUCCCAAGAAGGCGGUGGAACACGCAUUAAAGAAUCCGAUGGCUGGAGUUAACGGGGUGGCUUCAGGGGAUCUUUCGAAGCCUUCAACGUUCGGAGAUGUCGUGGGAACUGCUGCAUCAGGCGAACAAAAGGUUUCUGCCUCUGGUCCGUCGGCUAGCCUGCAAAAGCAUCAAGGCGUAUAUCUCCAAGUUACUCACGGAGAUUCCAUCUCCUCCACCAACCCCGUCUUGCAGACCACACCUCCUUCAACCGACACCAACCCCGAGACGUUGGCCCCUACAACAAACGAAGGUGAAGCGCCAUUGAAUUUUGCUCAGAAGGAAAGUCGUACGCAGUCACAAAGACGCGAAGGCAUUCAUGUGGAUAUGGAACCAGCAGAAGAGUAUCCAAGCUUUCCUGAACCAGCAGGCUUAACUUCCCAAGCUGAACGCACUCAGGGUUCCAACCCCCCCACAGACUGGCUCCCCAAUGAAGCCUUGCCAUCACCACCCAUACCUGCACACCCACAAGCAGCAGCAGGCGCCAUCGACAAAGCAGCAAAAACACCUGAACCAGAAAUUGCCAAAGCCAACAAUGCAGGCUCGACAAGGCCGAGAACUGAAGCUCCGCAAAAGGCAGCGCCUGCGUUGCUUCCAAAGAAGUCUAUGACUGUGUUGCCAAAGAACGCGGUGGAGGCCCCGGCAAAGGCAAAGCCAGACGCAUCAGCCGCAACCAAGCCAGCAGAAGCUGAAGCAGCGGCGAAGGCAGAUGGAGGUUUGGAGAAGAAGAGUGAGGGUGAAGGAAAAUCGGAGACUGUGGCGCCCAAGAAGGCAGCGCCUGCGUUGCUUCCAAAGAAGUCUAUGACUGUGUUGCCAAAGAAGGCGGUGGAGGCUACUGCGAAGGUAGACGCAUCAGCCACAGAGAUGCUCGCAAAAACCGAUGCAGCAGCAAAGGCCGACGGCGCAUUGGAGAAGAAGAGAGCAAAGGCAGAUGGAGGUUUGGAGAAGAAGAGUGGGGGUGAAGGAAAAUCGGAGGCUGCCACCGCGAAGAAGGCAGCGCCUGCGUUGCUUCCAAAGAAGUCUAUGACUGUGUUGCCAAAGAAGGCGGUGGAGCCAGACGCAUCAGCCGCAACCAAGCCAGCAGAGGCCGCAGCAGCAGCGAAGGCAGAUGGAGGUUUGGAGAAGAAGAGUGAGGGUGAGGGAAAAUCGGAGGCCGCCACCGCGAAGAAGGCAGCGCCUGCGUUGCUUGCAAAGAAGUCUAUGACUGUGUUGCCAAAGAAGGCGAUGGAGGCUACUGCAAAGGUAGACGCAUCAGCCGCAACGAAGCCAGCAGAAGCCGAAGCAGCAGCGAAGGCAGAUGGAGGUUUGGAGAAGAAGAGUGAGGGUGAAGGAAAGUCGGAGACUGUGGCCCCCAAGAAUGCAGCGCCUGCGUUUCUUGCAAAGAAGUCUAUGACUGUGUUGCCAAAGAAGGCGGUGAAGGCUACUGCAAAGGUAGACGCAUCAGCUGCAACGAAGCCAGCAGAGGCCGAAGCAGCAGCGAAGGCAGAUGGAGGUUUGGAGAAGAAGAGUGAGGGUGAAGGAAAAUCGGAGGCUGCCACCCCGAAGAAGGCAGCGCCUGCGUUGCUUCCAAAGAAGUCUAUGACUGUGUUACCAAAGAAGGCGGUGGACGCUCCGGCAAGGGCAGACACAUCUGCCACAGAGAUACCCGCAAACGCCGAUGCAGCAGCAAAGGCCGACGGCUCAUUGGAGAAGAAGAGUGAGGGUGAAGGAAAGUCGGAGACUGUGGCCCCCAAGAAGGCAGCGCCUUCGUUGCCUACUGAGAAGACGCCGGUGACUGCGGCAAAAACUGAUGCAUCAGCCACAGCGGCGCCAACAAACACCGAUGCAGCAGCAAAGGCAGAUG